UCAGUCUCAGAUAAGCAUAAUUAUUCCCUCCUCGUCAACCCCAGGCCAGGCCGUCCCCAACAUCAACACCAUGAUAAGCAUCAAGCAAUUACUAGCUCAAACAAGUGGCGGUCUCACCUCCAAUAUUAUUCCCACCGCUUACAACUUCACUCCCAAUAACAUCCAUCUACCAGUUUCGGAUGAAGUAUUUGAGGAUUCCAUCCCUACCAUCGACUUCUCUCUCCUUACCUCUGGUACACCCGAGCAACGGUCCAAGAUCGUCAAUGACCUUGGCAAAGCCUGUCAAGACUGGGGCUUUUUCGUGGUGAUCAAUCAUGGUGUGCCGGAGAGCCUGAUGAAGGUGAUGAUUGAGACUUGUGGAGAGUUUUUCAAACUGACGGAGGAGGAGAAACAGGAAUAUGCAGGGAAGCAUAUUUUGGACCCAAUCUUUUAUGGCACCAGCAUUAAUGGUGCAGCGACCCAAGUGUUAUUUUGGAGGGAUUUUAUCAAGUUUUUCGUUCAUCCCAAGUUUCACUGUCCAUCCAAACCCAUUGGAUUUAGAGAGAUUUCAAUGGAGUACAGCAAAAGAACGUGGGAAGUAGCCAGAGAGUUGAUGAAAGGAAUAUCAAUGAGCUUGGGGUUGGAAGAAGGCUACGUAGAAAAGGCAAUGAAUUUGGAAUCGGGUUUACAGCUUAUGGCUGCAAACCUAUAUCCGCCAUGUUCACAGCCGGAAGUAGCAAUAGGCUUACCUCCUCACUCAGAUCACGGCCUCUUGACCCUUCUUAUUCAUAAUGGGAUCUGUGGCCUUCAGGUGCAACAUAAAGAGAAGUGGGUCGACGUAUAUUCCAAUUCCAAUGCAUUCGUGGUUAACAUUGGCAAUCACAUGGAGAUAUUGAGUAACGGCAAGUACAAAAGUGCUUUCCAUCGGGCACUUGUGAAUGGAACGGAUACAAGAAUAUCGAUACCAGUAUUGUAUGGACCAGCACUGGAAACAGUAGUGAGCCCAGCACCAGAGUUGUUGGUCGACAAUGAAACGUCCAAUCCACCAGCAUAUGCGGGAAUGACGUACAGGGAGUACUUGGAAAUGCUGCAGGCCAGAAUCAAUGCCAAAAUUCACAACUAGCUAGCUCAACCAUGCCAGAGAAAAUUGAAGUAGACCAUCCAUCGAUCCCUUGACAGACACGUACAGUUAAGUGUAAGGAAUGCGUGGAACUUCAUGAUCACGAGCAAAGCAACAAGAUUGAUGGAAAAUCCUAGCUGUUUGGAUAUUUCAAGAAUCUCGGCUGUCUAGAAGUUGUAUAUAUUCU